AUGUCUGGGAAGUCAUUUUCUGAAUCAGAAUUUGACGCUGAUUCGAAUGAUGGUAGUUAUGUCGCCAGCCGUUGCUUCGGUCCAGAGCUAUGGUUGGGUGAAAACUUGGCGAGAAGGGUGAAAUCCAAGAAAAUGUCGAGAAAUUCAUUUUCUGAAUCAGAAUUUGAUGCUGAGUCGUAUGGUGGUAGUCGCGUCGUCAGCCGUGGCUGCGGUCCCGAGCUAUGGCUGGCUGAAAAUUUGGCGAGAAGGAUGAAAUCCCAAAAAAUAUCGAGGAAGUCAUUUUCUGAAUCAGAAUUUGACGCCGAGUCGUAUGGUGGUAGUCGCGUAGUCAGCCGUGGCUCUGGUCCCGAGCUAUCUCAGGUGCGUUAAUGACUGGGUCAAAAAAGUUAGUAGUUUCCAGUGCUCUUGGCGUAAGUAGCGAAAUCAGGCGUAAAAUUUCCGCUUUUUUUUUCGCAACAUGGCGUCGCAUUGGAAUUGGGUUAUCAAGAAUAUUCAAUUUGGUAUAUUUUUUAAAGAUUUGGCUUGAACCUGUGUUUGUAAAUUACGAGUUGUGAUGGGAAUUUACUUGAAGGUUUGUAUCGGUCUAUCCGUGUGUUAUUUUGCUGGCGAAGCGCUCCGUUUUCUUGUUUCGUUAUAGAAUCUAAGAAUCGUAUAUGUUAUAUGUAUGUUGACAAUGACAGUAUGUAG